AUGGGGGAAGUAGAGGAAGUGCAGGAACAUAUGAAGGUCGACAUGUCAGUCCUGAAAAAUCAAAUGGCUUCCAUCAUGGAAGCCAUGCUAAGCAUGAGAAGGUUAAUCGAAAGUAACACAGCCACGGCUACCGCCACUAGCACCGCCACUGAGGCAGAUCUGGUCCUCCCAUCUGCAACCAAUCAAGCAAACCAACUCGCUCCGGAUAUGGUAGGACGAGGAAGAGACGCAUUGGGGAAUACCAGCGGCCUGCAUCGGGGGGACGCCGACAAAGAGCCUCGGGAGCAUGCUCAAUUGGACAUCGACUCAUACCCCCUAUUCACCACUAAGGGAUCGACACCCAAUGCCUUGCCUCAGCCUAAUACCGUAGGAGUCUCUCAACCCCUCCCGAUGCAACCACUUCACUUCUCCGUAAAGGAAUCGCCUCUAGAAGCGGAGGGAAGAGAAAAGCUUGAUUUCAUUGAAGAGAGAUUGAGAGCGGUUGAAGGGUUUGGUGACUACCCCUUUGUCAAUAUGACCGACUUAUGUUUGGUACUGGAUGUCGUCAUCCCACCCAAAUUCAAGGUACCGGAUUUUGACAGGUACAAGGGGACGACCUGUCCUAAAAAUCACUUAAAAAUGUACUACAAUAAGUUAGUAGGCUACAUGCCCUCUAGCUUUGCAGAUCUAGUAUUCGUGGGCGAAAGGAUAGAGGUAGGCCUAAAAAGGGGGAAGUUUGACUAUGUCUCCCCUGCCAACACAAACAACAGAAGAUAUGGGCCAACUGGGGCAAAAAGGAAAGAAAGAGAUGCUCAUGUUGUGACCUCGGCUCCUGCUUGGCCAAAAUUCUAG